CCCGGGCAGCGGGCAACACCAAGGCCGCUCCGGGUCCCAGGAGGGCGACGCGAACAGCCACCACCGAGCCGCUGCCCCGGGCCGGAAAGCCGCCGCCACCUCCGCCGGGGGUCGAGUCAUUGCCAGCUGCUGCCAAAGGCCGAAAAGCCAAACGUGGCUCGGGGGCUCCCCCCUCCCGGCCCGCGGGGACCCCCGCCCCAGCCGCCCCGAUUCCUGCCGUGAUCCUCGCCGUGACCUCAGCGGCCGGGUGCCAGGCGCCCGGCUCGCGCUUCAGCCACACGGAUAGCAGCUCGGACCUCUCCGAUUGCCCCUCCGAACCCCUGUCGGACGAGCAGCGCCUGCUCCCAGCCGCCAGCAGCGAUGCGGAGUCCGGCACAGGCUCCAGCGACCGAGAACCCCUGCGAGGAGCCCCCACGACGAACCCCGCCGCCCGAGGGGCGCAGCCUGGCAGCCCAGAGCUCCCGGCGCUUCUCGCAGCGCCCCUGCCCGUCUGCGUUAGUCCGGGGGGCUGGGGCAGCCUGGGCAGCGCUCCUGCGGGGUCCUCGGGGCCCAGCGUGGUGGAGGAUGUCGGGGGACGUGCGCCGCCGGAGCGAGGGCUCUCCGGGACCCCCCUCAAAGAUCCCAGCCCUAGCGAGCAGCCCCGUCUGGUGCCCUCCGUGGCGGCGGCCGAGGAGGAGGAGCUGCUGCGGGAGAUGGAGGAGCUGCGCUCGGAGAACGACUAUCUCAAGGAUGAGUUGGAUGAACUCCGUGCUGAAAUGGAAGAGAUGAGAGACAGCUAUUUGGAAGAAGAUGUUUACCAGCUGCAGGAGCUACGGCGAGAAUUGGACCGUGCUAAUAAAAACUGCCGAAUUUUACAGUACCGCCUUAGAAAAGCUGAGCAGAAAAGCUUGAAAGUAGCUGAGACCGGUCAGGUGGAUGGCGAGCUUAUCCGAAGUCUGGAGCAGGACUUGAAGGUAGCCAAAGAUGUAUCUGUCAGACUGCACCAUGAACUUGAAACUGUGGAAGAAAAGCGGGCUAAAGCCGAAGAUGAAAAUGAAACUCUCCGACAGCAGAUGAUUGAAGUGGAAAUCUCCAAACAGGCCCUUCAGAAUGAGCUGGAGAGACUAAAAGAGACUUCCCUGAAAAGAAGAGGCAGUCGGGAAAUGUACAAGGAAAAGAAAACCUUUAACCAGGAUGACAGUGCCGAUUUGAAGUGCCAGCUUCAGUUUGCCAAAGAGGAAGGCUCCCUGAUGCGCAAAAAAAUGGCCAAGUUGGGAAGGGAGAAGGAUGAGCUGGAACAGGAGCUCCAGAAAUACAAGACCCUCUACGGGGACGUGGACAGCCCCCUCCCCACCGGGGAAGCCGGAGGGCCGCCCAGCACCAGGGAGGCCGAGCUCAAGUUGCGGCUGAAGUUGGUUGAGGAAGAAGCCAACAUCUUGGGCCGGAAGAUUGUGGAACUGGAGGUAGAGAACCGAGGCCUUAAAGCAGAGAUGGAGGACAUGCGGAGCCAGUAUGAGCGAGAGGGGACAGGCCGGGACCACGUCCCAAGCAUUCCUACCUCACCCUUCGCAGACUCUGUGGAGUCCUCCACAGAGCUCCGCCGACACCUGCAGUUUGUGGAGGAGGAAGCAGAGCUGCUGCGGAGGUCCAUAUCUGAGAUCGAGGACCACAACCGGCAGUUGACUCAUGAGCUGAGCAAGUUCAAGUUUGAACCACGGCCAGAGCCAGGGUGGCUGGGCGACAGCACGGGCAAGGGCACAGGUGGCGGCCCCCUGCAGGAGGAGCUGAAGUCGGCCCGGCUGCAGAUCAAUGAGUUGAGUGGCAAGGUGCUGAAGCUGCAGUAUGAGAACCGGGUGCUCUUGUCCAACGUCCAGCGCUACGACCUGGCUGCUCAUCUGGGGCUGCGUGCCCCCAGCCCCCGGGACAGCGAUGCCGACAGUGACGUGGGCAAGAAGGAGAGCGAUGGGGAAGAAGGCCGGCCACCCCAGCCCAAGCGGGAAGGUCCUAUAGGUGGUGAGAGUGACUCUGAGGAGAUGUUCGAGAAGACUUCGGGCUUCAGCAGUGGAAAACCAUCGGAGGCAAGUGAACUGUGUCCGGUGGAGCUCCUUAGGGCCAAGGAGGACUCCGAGUACUUGGUGAGCAUAAGGCAGGAGGCCGAGAGGCUGGAGCGGACCGUGGAGCGGCUCAUCACAGAUACCAAUGGCUUUGGGGACAACUUAGGGCUGCAGGGUAGCAGCGAGGCCUCACUGGGGUCCGGAGUCCAGGGGGAAGCAGAGAAGGGUGAGGGUGGCAAGAGUGAAUCCCAGCUGCUAGGGACCAUAAACUCAAGGAUGAAGGCGUUCAGGAAAGAGCUCCAGGCCUUCCUGGAGCAGGUGAACCGGAUUGGGGAUGGUCUUCGGGAGCGUCUGGAAGGCCUCUCUCCCUUGCCCCAGCUCACGGAGUCUUCCAGCUUCCUCUCCACCAUGACCUCCGUGUCCCGGGACUCCCCCAUCGGGAACCUGGGGAAGGAGCUGGUCCCAGACCUGCAGUCCAGACUGAGAGAGCAGAUGGAGUGGCACCUGGGCUCGGACGAGCGGGAACACCUGCGCCUGCGCACCACCCAGGAGCUGCACCGCCGCGCCGAUGGGGAUGCUGGGAACUUCCGGCCGGGAGGCCAGAGCGGCUUCAGUCUAGAGCUCAGGGGCCCCCCUGUUUUACCUGAACAGAGUGUAUCGCUAGAGGAGCUACAGGGUCAGCUCGCACAGGCGACCAGACUGCUGCAAGAGGAGACAGAGACAUUUACAAACAAGAUCCGUAAGAUGGAGGAGGAGCACCUCUAUGCCCUAAGGUGGAAAGAACUGGAAAUGCACAGCCUGGCUUUGCAAAACAGCCUCCAUGAGCGAACCUGGAGUGAUGAGAGGAAUCUGAUGCAGCAGGAGCUCCGAUCCUUGAAGCAGAAUAUUUUCCUUUUCUACGUCAAACUCAGGUGGCUGCUUAAACACUGGCGGCAAGGGAAGCAGAUGGAGGAGGAGGGAGAGGAUUUCACUGAGGUCGAGCACCCAGAGCCUCUGCCUAGACUUGGAGAGCAUGGAGUCGAGGGGCACACGAAAGGGGAUGGCCCAGACCCAGAGGGGGACAGUCCGAACCCAGUCUUUAUAGCGGGGGAACACUGCUCUCAGCUGCAGCCGUCAGACCCGGGACCGCUCCACGGGCAGGAGGUGCCAUUGCCGAGUCCCAUGUCCCCACAGGUGGUGGAAAACCAGCAGCUGUUCGGUGCCCUCAAGACCUUGCUGGAGGACCUGCGUGCCGAGCUGCGGGAGGACGAGCGUGCCAGGCUGCGGCUGCAGGAGCAGUACGCCAGCGACAAGGCUGCCUGGGACAUGGAGUGGGCCGCACUCAGGUGCCGCCUGGAGCAGUUAGAAGAGAAGGCUGAGAAGAACUUGGGGGAGCAAGGCUGCUCUGUGGAUAGCAAAGGGGCAUUUAAGAAGGAGAGAGAAACCCACCAGAAGCUCCUUGCUGACAGCCACGGCCUGGUCAUGGACUUGCGCUGGCAGAUGCACCACAGCGAGAAGAACUGGAACCGGGAGAAAGUGGAACUCCUUGACCGUCUGGACAGGGACCGGCAGGAGUGGGAACGGCAGAAGAAAGAACUCUUGUGGAAAAUAGAGCAGUUACAGAAAGAAAACAGUCCCCAAAGAAGUGUCAGUUUCCUCUGUGAUCAAAAAGAUGGCAACAUCCGCCCCUUUGCCCACCCGGGAGGCCCCCGAGGGCCCUGCCCCGUGGGGGUGUGGCCCUGUGUCGAUGCAGACUCUGCCCCGUUUGAAGACCGGCCGCUGUCCAAGCUGAAGGAGUCUGACAGGUGCUCGGCCCGGGAGAACCUCUACUUGGAUGCGCUGUCUCUGGACGAUGAACUGGAGGAGUCUUCUGCCAGAGAGCCCCACAUGGAAUUCAGGAACUGCCUCCCUGAGGAAGAAGAAAAUCACAAGGGAAAUCUUCAAAGGGCAGUGUCUGUGUCGUCCAUGUCUGAGUUCCAGCGCCUGAUGGACGUGUCUCCCUUUCUGCCAGAGAAGGGCCUGCCCGCUGCCAGCAACAAGGAGGAUGUCACGCCACCCCUGUCCCCUGAUGACCUGAAGUACAUCGAGGAGUUCAACAGCAAGAGCUGGGACGAGAAACCCCCUGACCCCUGGGCAGACAGGACCGAGGCAGGGCGGGCAGGGAAGGAGGCCAGUGCCGAGUCUUUUGCCGAUUCCUCCUGGUACCUCACCACGAGUAUCACCAUGACCACGGACACCAUGACCAGCCCAGAGCACUGCCAGAAGCAGCCCUUACGAAGUCACAUCCGUGCUGAACCAUCCGGAGUGAGGGUGCUGCACAGCCCCCCAGCGGUCCGCAGAAUGGACAGCAUCGUGGUGGUAGGCAGUGAGGGCAAGGGCCGGCCAGACCCCGAGUGCCCAUUUUCUGCAACUAGAGCCAGAGGGGCCACAGAAGACACAACGGGGGGGCCCUCAGAACACAUGGUUGGCAGGUGGCCUUGUGCCCCUUCCAGACACCCCCGAGAUUAUAUGGAGGGAGGACUCCGCCCCCUGGAUAGCGCCCUCUGCACCCCCCUGGGCUUUGCCUCCUCACUGCACAGCCUGGAGAUGUCCAAGAACAUGAGUGAUGAUAUGAAGGAGGUGGCCUUCUCCGUUCGGAAUGCCAUCUGCUCUGGACCCUCCGAGCCUCUGGUUAAAGACAUGGCCUGCCAGACCAACGGGUCUCGGACCACCGGGACCCAGACCGUCCAGACCAUCCAUGUUGGCCUGCAGACCGAAGCACUGCGCAGCAGCACCAUCACCAGCAGCCCCCACAAGUGUCUCACACCCAAGGCAGGGGGUGGUGCCACACCCGUGUCAUCUCCUUCUCGAGGACUUAGGAACAGGCAGGUGGCCCCUGCCAUUGAGAAAGUACAGGCCAAGUUUGAACGCACGUGCUGCUCCCCCAAGUAUGGGUCUCCCAAGCUGCAGAGAAAGCCCCUCCCCAAAGCUGACCAGCCAAAUAACAGGGCCUCCCCAGGGCUGGCCCAGAAAGGGUGCAGCGAGUCCGCGUGGGCCCGCUCCACCACCACGAGGGAGAGCCCCGUGCACACAGCCAUCAAUGACGGCCUCUCCAGCCUCUUCAACAUCAUUGACCACAGCCCCGUGGUGCAGGACCCCUUCCAGAAGGGGAUGCGGGCUGGGGGUCGGUCUCGCUCAGCAGAACCCCGACCAGACCUGAACCCAGGCCUAGAAACCGGACCCAGUUCCCGGGGACGGUCACCCAGCCCCAUCGGGGUUGGCUCAGAGACAUGCAGAGAGGAAGGGGGAGAGGGCACACCUGUGAGGCAGGACUUAUCUGCUCCCCCUGGCUACACACUGGCCGAGAAUGUGGCCCGGAUCCUCAACAAGAAGCUGUUGGAGCAUGCCUUACAGGAGGAGAGGAGGCACACACCCCACGGCCUCCCAAGUCUUAACAGUGACAGCCACAUGAGAGAAACAGUCAAAGCUGAACCAGGGUCCAUGGAGAACCAAACUGUCUUACUAACCGCCCCCUGGGAAUCUAGCCCUGCCUGCCUCACGCCGAACUACCUUGUUCCGCACUAGCUCCAUCCCUUGAACCCUGCUUCUCCAGGCCCGAGAGACCAGCAAACCGUCGCCCUCCAUCCCGUUGGGCCCCACAUCCCCUCACUGCCUCA